UCCGCCAGCUCCCUUUGUGUUCACCGGAGAAUGUGAAUGGCGAAAGAUGACAUGGCAGAGGUAGAUUUGGCAUCAAACGGAGCGGAACCCCCAGGCCAGGCCUCCUCGGCGUGUCCCUACGAGGAGUACGAAUGCAAAAUCUGCUACAAUUACUUCGACCUUGACCGACGGGCUCCGAAAAUCCUGGAGUGUCUGCACACGUUCUGCGAGGAGUGUCUGAACACGCUGCACCUCCGGGAGGAGCGGCCGUGGCGCAUCAGCUGCCCCAUCUGCCGCCACCGCACUCCGGUGCCGGAUUACCGGAUACAGAACCUGCCCAACAACACCAAGGUGACGGAGGACUUCCCGCUCUACAUCGACUCGGACCCGCUCCCGCAGGACGCGCUGCCUCCCUACCCUCCGCCGCUGCAUCCAGCUCUGAUCGCGCUCCGCCGGGAGGAGGCGUCGGGGGCGUCCAGCGCCAGCCAGGCCACCCCGUCCACCACUGUGUCCACGGCCACGACCCUCUCACAGGACUCCGUGCGCUACGACAGCUGUCAGAGCUGCAAGAGAGUGGCGCUGACCACCGGCUGCGUGUGCGUCAUCUUCUCCUUCUUGUCCAUGCUGGUGCUGCUGUUCAUGGGCCUCAUCUUCGUGCACAGUCACAGCAACACUCCGUCGCCGGCGGGACCUAUUUGCCUGUCGGUGGCCAGCAUCCUGGCCAUGUUCUCGGUGGUCGUCACGUGGCUGAUCUGCUGGCUCAAAUACAGACCGGACCACGAGACGGGCCGCACGUCCGCCACCAGCAACUCCAGGAGAAACGCCUGAUGAUGGUGUGACGACGGAGAGCGGCAUGCGUAUGCGUGUACUUGAUCCUGACCGCGUUACCUUUUUUUAAUGCCCCUUCCAAAAUGGCCUUUUAGCAGAAUACCAAGCACCCGAAAGCCUUCAUGUUGUUAUUUGGAGCAGUAGGCCGCUGCCUCUCCCUUCUGUUGCGCGCUUGGCUGGAUGAUGGAUGAAAUGACUGAAUGUGGAGUGUCUUUAUUUGUUCGAUCCCCGCCCUACAUUAUUCCUGCUAUAUAGAUAAUAUGCACUAUUCUGCUCACUGUAUGAUAAUCAGUCACACUUCUCAACAAUGCACUCUUGUACAUAUAUAUUUUUUAAUGGUGAAACCUCUAAAAUGUUAAGAGUUGUAUCCACAAUCCAACAUGUAAAUAGACGAGAAGUGUGAGGACAAUGGUGAAUUAACCUUUCUUAAAAACAGCACUCCCUUGUAAUUUCAGGCAUAGUUUUAUUUACCACGUGUUAAAACUUACUUUUUUAACAAAUCAGGAUUAUCCGGCAGGGGCGGCUCCAGGCGGUGCAGAUGGGGUGGCCAAGGACAGGCUGAAUGUUGUAUGAUACAGUGCAAAUGCUUAAUGUGACUAAAGUGUUUAACAAAAA